UGCUUGGAACAUGGGCAGGGGAUAAGUGUUCCCUAACGUCAAGGUAAAGAAAGUAAAGAAAUCUUGUUUCACGAAUACCGGGUGGUGAUCAGAUUCAAAGUAGGAAAGGAAGCAAGUGGGGAUUAUAACCUAUAAAGAGAGACAGCAGCCUCCCGUCCUUCCGUCCCCGGUGAGUUGGUCUCCCCCACCAUCUCUGUUCUCUCUGACAAAAGAAAGCAAGAAGCGUGUGUGUCUGUGCGCAAGAGAAAGAGCGUCCUCUUUUUACCAUAACUGAGACUGCAACGAAGGCAAGAAAAAAAAAAAAGACGCAUGGACGACCUCCGCCACCACCACCAGCAACCUGCUCCUCCUCCGCCUCUCGCCGCCUCCACCUCCGCCGCCGCCCCGUGGGCCUUCCUCUGGGAACCGUCGCAGGAGGCGAGCGGGAUCACGGCGGAGGAGCUGAAGCAGGCGCUUCUCCGCACGACGCUGGAGCUUGAAUCCACUCGGAUCGCCGCCCAGGAGGAGCUCCGGCGAAUGGAGGCCCAGGCCCUUCAUCUAACCCACCUCCUCGAGAUCGCCACACGAGAGCGCGACGAGGCCCGCCACCAGUGCCACGCCCUUCUCCUGCUCCUUAUGGAUCACAAUCACCACCUUGCAUCAAACCCUAACCCCAACCCUAACCCGGCGGCCCAGAUGGACGAGGGGAGCAACGUGGCGGCGGGGGCGGGGGGCUUGUCGUCCUCGUCUGAGGGGGGAGGGGAGGAGGAGAGGAGCAAUGGGACGUCGCCGGGGGGGAUGGCGGCGGUGGAGGCGGAGAUAGAGGCGGUGGCGCGGCGGCGGGGACUGCCGGAGAAGGGGCGGCUGCUGGAGGCGGUGAUGGCGGCGGGACCGCUGCUCCAGACGCUGCUGCUGGCCGGCCCGCUGCCGCAGUGGCGCCACCCCCCGCCGGCGCUCCAGACCUUCGAGAUCCCGCCCGUUUCCAUCAGCCUGCUCAGCACCAACAACGCCAAUACCGGAGACAUGACGACGGUGGCGUUCGGCGGGGGGCGGUCUCCGCCGCCAUCGCCGCCGUCGCUGCCUAAUUCUUGGUCGUCGUCGCCGGAAACCGAAAGCAACAGCAGUGGAGUUUCCAAGUUCCAGAGGAUCCGCUCUUUCCGCCUCUGACCGUUCUUUUUAGUUUCAUCACCGCCGAAUUCUUGGUCGUCGCCGCCGGAAACCGAAAGCAACAGCAGCGGAGUUUCCAAGUUCCAGAGGAUCCGCUCUUUCCACCUGACUCCUUUCUUGUUCUUUUUACUACCUCCACUUUUAUGUCGUUGUUUGGGUUAACGUGGAUAAUUUUUUUUGUUUGUUUGUUUGUUAGCAGUAUAUUAUCAUAAUAUUGAGAGAAAAUUCUGAUAAGAAAACGGACUUCAGUAUGUAAAUUUAGAGUAUGAGUAAAGUUGGCAUGGCAACGUUGGGUAAA